UUUACAAGGGGUGCACCAUUUCACGCACUGUGAGUGUAUCAGGCAAACCGGAGGAAAGAGUCUAUGAAUGCUUCUGGAAGUUGAUGGUUAUGUGUGAUGCUCAGACCUCAACCUCGUUUUUCCAUCCAAGUUUUUAAGAUCUGCAUACGCCAAUGGUUUUACCACACGUAGAAUGGGAUUAACUUGGUCCGGCAAAUAUAUCUCACUGUUUCUUGCUGUUCAGUUAGCUUAUCUGCUACAGGCGGUGAGAGCGACAGGGAAAUGUGAUACAGUAUUCAAAGGGUUCUCCAACUGCUUGCUGAGACUGGGGGAGAAUAUGGCCAACUAUCCACAGGAGAUAGACGAAAAGGAAAAUCUACACACCAUCUGCACAUAUUGGGAUGAUUUCCACUCAUGUGCAACUACUGCGCUUGCGGACUGCCAAGAGGGAGCAACAGACCUAUGGGAGAAGCUCAAAAAGGAGUCCAGAAAUUUGGAGUUCCGAGGAAGCUUGUUUGAACUCUGUGGCGGGGGGAACGGGGCCUCCAAAUCCACGGUCCCAUUCGGUCUCACCAUGAUGCUAACGGCACUUUCCGCCCUAGUGACUUGGCUUGCAUUUUAGCAGAAGAAAAAAAA